UCAAAGUGCUGCUCUCCGUCAUGGAAUGGUGAAAAGCUUGAUAACCACUACCUCUUCUUCCUGCUUUCAAACUAGAUUUCCCUGUUCCCUUGUCAUCAAGGGUUGGGUGUCAUCAACGUGGUGAUGCAAAGCAAGUGCUGACAGGCUGCAUUCACUACAGAAACACGCCCUGUGUAGAACAGAAGCCAAACUAGUUUCACUUCCGAGAAAGCGAGACUGUCAACGACAGUCGUUGUCAGUGAGAGGUGAAAUGGCUCAGAAAGGUGUUCAGCUGGACACAAUUUCUUGUUUCAUCUGUCAGGAUCAACUGAAGGAUCCAGUGACUACUCCCUGUGAACACAGCUACUGCGUGAACUGUAUUAAAAGCUUCUGGGAUGAAGAGGAUGAGAAGAAAAUCUACAGCUGCCCUCUUUGUAGGCAGACUUUCGCACCGAGGCCUAACCUGCUGAAAAACACAACAUUAGCAGUGUUAGUGGACAUACUGAGGGAGACUGGACUCCAAGCUGCUCCUGCUGAUCUCUGCUAUGCUGGACCUAAAGAUAUGACCUGGGAUGCCUGUGCGGGGAGAAAAAUGAAAGCUCUCACACCCUGUCUGUCGGCCUCUUACUGUGAGAAACACCUCCAGCCUCAUUAUGACUCAGCUCCAUUAAAUCAACACAAGCUGAUGGAGCCCUCUACGAAGCUCCCAGAGAACAUCUGCUCUCGUCACGAUGAGGUGAUGACGAUGUUCUGCCGUACGGAUCAGCAGUGUAUCUGUCAUCUCUGCCCUGUGGACGAACACAAGGGCCACGACACAGUCUCAGCUGCAGCAGAGAGGACUGAGAGGCAGAGAGAGGUGGAGGUGAGUCGACAAAACAUCCAGCAGAGAAUCCAGGACAGAGAGAAAGAUGUGAAGCUGCUCCAGCAGGAGGUGGAGGCUAUCAAUCGCUCUGCUAAUAAAACAGUGGAGGACAGUGAGAAGAUAUUCACUGAGCUGAUCCGUCUCAUGGAGGAAAGACGCUCUGAUGUGAAGCAGCAGCUCAGAUCACAGCAGAAGACUGAAGUAAGUCGAGUCAAAGAGCUUCAGGAGAAGCUGGAGCAGGAGAUCACUGACCUGAAGAGGAAAGACGCUGAGCUAAGGGAGCUUUCACACACAGAGGAUCUCAACCAGUUUCUACACAGCUACCCCUCCCUGUCACCGCUCAGUGAAUCUACACACUCAUCCAACAUCAACAUCCAUCCUCUGCGCUACUUCGAGGAUGUGACAGCGGCUUUGUCAGAAGUCAGAGAUAAACUGCAGGAAGUCUUGAGUGAGAAAUGGACAAACAUCUCACUGACUGUGACUGAAGUGGAUGUUUUACUGCCACAGCCAGAGCCCAAGACCAGAGCCGGAUUCUUAAAGUAUUCAUGUGAAAUCACGCUGGAUCCAAACACAGCAUACACACGUCUGUUAUUAUCUGAGGGGAACAGAAAAGCAGCAAAAACGAGUGAAGCACAGCCUUAUUCUAGUCACCCAGACAGAUUCACUAAAUAUUGUCAGGUCCUGAGCAAAGAGAGUCUGACUGGACGUUGUUACUGGGAGGUGGAGUGGAGCGGGGGAGGAGUUUGUGUAGCAGUCGCAUACAAGAAUAUCAGCAGAGCAGGGGGCUCGAAUGAAUGUCGUUUUGGAUACAAUGACAAGUCUUGGGCGUUAUAUUGCAACAAUAACAGUUAUAACUUUUGGUACAACAACGUCCACACUCGUGUCUCAGGCCCUCAGUCCUCCAGAGUAGGAGUGUACCUGGAUCACAGUGCAGGUACUCUGUCCUUCUACAGUGUCUCUGAAACCAUGACACUCCUCCACAGAGUGCAGACCUCUUUCACUCAGCCUCUCUAUGCUGGACUUUGGGUUGAAUUCUGGUUUGGACUUUCAUCUGGAGUCACUGCCCAGUUGUGUAACCCCAACUAGACAGAAGUCAUUAAAGGGACAGCGGGUUCAAUUCUGUGUUAAGCUCUAAUUUUGUCUUCAUGUUUGUUGUUAACAACUAAUUGUUUUGUUUUUUUUCUGCACUGCACAGAGAUCAGCUGUCAAUCAAACAUUAUGGGUGGUACUUUGACAUCUUUUUCAUGAGUUGCUGGCCCCUGAGCACAGAUAUGCAAAAGGCCCAAUCAGCUCUUCUACAUUAGAGCAAGACACAUAGACUUUGUGGUAGUUUUUUGGCUCUUUGUAUUCAUUAUGCAUCUUUUUGUCGGUUUGUUUGUCUUUGAGGUAAUUUUGCGUCCCUGUGGUCGUUUUGUGCUGCUUUGUAGUCAUUUUGUAUCUCCUUUCGGCAGUUUUGUGUCUCUUGGAGGUUAUUUUCUGUCUCUGUGGUUGUUUUACCUGUUUUUGUAGUUGUGUUUCUCUUUUUCAGUUCUUUUGCAUCUCUUUGUAGUCAUUUUGAGUUACUUCCUGGUUGGUAGGUGUUAAUUUAAGAAACAUUUUGCAAGUGAAGGCCAGGGGGCCCCUGACACUUUUGGCCUCUGGGCCUGUGCCUGAAAGCCUUGUUAAGUGAUCCAACCAUGCUUCCUGUACAACCCAAUUGCCAGAAUAAAUGUUGGUCUUGCACCUCCGUGCAAACUACAUGUUGUCAAAUUUGUAUGUUUCAUAUGUAGCAGAUAUGUUAAAACUUGUCUGUUAAUUUUUAGAUUUAUAAUUUUAUGUUGUGACAGUGUGGGUAACGUGGUUAGGUUUAGGUACAAAAACCCCUUGGUUGUAGUUAAGAUUAGGAAAACAUCAUGUUUUGUCCUGAAAUACUCGGUUGGUUGCCACAAAUGCGACUGACAGUGUCCCAACAAAAAUACCCGCUUUUCUUCUCAAAAGGUGUCCUACUGCUGUCUGCUGCACCACCAUCCACCAUUUCCGCCACCUCCUGAUGAGAAACUCAGCUCAUAAACAUGUGUUUAGAAUUAUGCCACUUUCGAAAUGUUGAUAUUAGCUACAUAUGAAACAUAGAAAUGUAACAUAUCCGUGGUUUGCAGAGAUGGACAAUAUUGUUUUUCUCUAGUGACAGGGCUGUCCUUGUCUUGUCUGUGUAGCCAUGAAGGCUAUCACUGCUUAUGAUGGUGUUGUUUUCCUGAACGGACUUUUCUCUGCAUAAAAAAAUUAUGUGAACUCCUUAGUGCUUGAAAUGUUUGUUGAAUGUUAGCAUUGAUGUGUUUGUAUGUUCUUGUUUCUCAUCCUACACACUUUGUUCUCAUUGUGUACAUUUAUUAAGAGAUCUAUAUUCAUGUUUGGCAGAAGAAAGGUUGUUAUGAGAUGUUAUAGAACUUCCAUUAUCUUGAUCAUAAUCAAUAAGGAGAACAUUCAGUUUUUGUUUUACAUAGCUACACAGAGUCGUGUGUGGGUGAAGGGAAUCUGUACAUGAAAUCCUUGAGUCAUUGGACAGACUUUACUGAUGGAAUGUGUGAACAUGUGUGAAGCUUGACAUGGGGAAUAAACAAACAUGGACAAAGUGA